AUGCUCGUCGGAAUCUGUGGCAGCAUCUGCUCAGGCAAGAAGACGGUGGCGCAGUAUCUGGUUGAGCAUCACGGCUUCAAGCACCUGUACCUGCAGACUCCCCCUGCGUCAGUCUCAGACCAGCAGCAGCCCGCGGACAAGACAUCAUCUCCCUCUUCAUCAUCCGACGGCAGCAGCAAUGCAACCUCUUCCAAUGCCCUCGCGGCGAGCAAUGGCAGCACCUCCUCCUCCUCUCAUGUCUUUGCCACGGCCGAGGAGCUGCUGGACUUCGUCACCCGGCGAUGGCGCAGCCGCUUUGUGACGACGGACAUCCCCACGGAAAAGGUGCUGGACGUCUUCAUCCGGCGACCCUUCUUCCUGCUCAUCUCCAUCGACGCUCCGCUCACCGUGCGCUGGCGGCGCUUCCAGCAGCGCUCCAACCAGCCCUCGCAAGCCGGCAUCAGCCUCGAGGACUUUGUCGCGCAGAACGACGUGCACCUCUACGACCCCACCACGGGCCUGCAGCCGCUCAUCUCGCGGGCCACCGUCAGGCUGCUCAACACGUCCUCCUCCCUAGCCCAUCUCUACGCAACGCUGGGCAAGCUCGACAUCCCCAACCCGGACCGCAUGCGGCCCGGCUGGGACACGUACUUCAUGGCGCUGGCGUCUCUGGCCUCUCAGCGGUCCAACUGCAUGAAGCGCCGGGUCGGCUGCGUCCUGGUCGGGCGAGAGCGGCGCGUCAUCAGCACCGGAUACAACGGCACGCCGCGCGGGCUGCGGAACUGCGCCGACGGCGGCUGUCCCCGUUGCAACGAGGGCAACAGCUCCGGCGUCGGGCUGGCCACGUGCCUGUGCAUCCACGCAGAGGAGAAUGCGCUCCUCGAGGCCGGGCGGGAGCGCAUCAGGGAGGGCUCCGUGCUGUACUGCGAUACGUGUCCGUGCUUGACGUGCAGUAUUAAGAUCUGUCAGGUCGGCAUCGCGGAGGUGGUGUAUGCUCAUGGGUAUAGCAUGGAUACCGAGGCGGCAGAGGUGUUUCGCCAGGCGGGCGUCAAGUUACGCCAGUUCAUUCCGGUGAGUGAAGAAUUGCAUCUUUAG